AUGUCAGCUGGUGCAGGCCAGGAACUGAAGCCCCAGUGCCGGUUGCCUUCCAGUGGAAACCUUGGUCGCCAGUGUGUUGCCCAGCGGGGCAUCCUCCACCCCCACCCGAAGGAAGAGCCCCGGGAACCCGAGAACCGCGGGUCAAAUCCGCAGGGAACCUACUUGGGCGGACCCGGGCCACCUGAGCGCCCGAGCCAGGCUGAGGCUCCUCCCGACGCAGCUACGCCCUUCGGAGCCGGGGGCGAGGCGGGGCGGCCUGGAGCUCCGGGGGUGAGGCCGGGGUCCCGCGGGGUGCGGCUCCUGUGCUCGCACCGCGUCCUGAGGCCGCCACACCUGGGUUGCCGCCGGACCGCAGCCGAGCUCAGAGCUCCGCGCUGGGUCCGCCGGAAGGUGCUCCGCCAGGGAGGUCCGGGCAGCCCGCGGUGCGGCGAGAAAUGCGUCCCCGGGAAACCGCUCCCGGCGGCGGAGGGGCGAGGAGCUCGGAGCUAAAGUCCUCGCCUCGGCCCCGCGCGCGGAACCUCAUAGAAACCUUCGAAGGAUCGAAAUCGCCGUUUUAUCGCGGAAGGCAAACACUGCGCGAACUUCCUGCCCCCCAUAGUGCGACGCUCGGCUGCCCAGACCCACAGAAUUCUUCGUUUUAAACCCAAGACGUGCGAGUCACCUGCUUAGAAAAUAUGAUCACAAACUUACCUCCUGCUUGUU